CAAUCCCUCCUCACGAGGUUCAGAAUAUCUUGCGCGAGAAAGUCUCCUCAAUUUUUACAAUUUGACCUCCGAGACUUAUUCAUAUAAGCCAAGAUGCCUCCCAAGUUUGACCCCAACGAGGUUAAGGUGAUCCAUCUUAGGGCCACUGGUGGAGAGGUCGGCGCCUCGUCCGCGCUCGCCCCCAAGAUCGGUCCCCUCGGUCUAUCGCCAAAGAAGGUCGGAGAAGACAUCGCCAAGGCCACCGGAGAUUGGAAAGGCCUACGAGUUACCGUGAAACUUACUAUCCAGAACCGUCAAGCCGCCGUCUCGGUUGUUCCCACAGCUUCUUCGCUCAUCAUUAAGGCACUGAAGGAGCCGCCCCGCGACCGAAAGAAGGAGAAGAACAUCAAGCACUCCAAGAGUGUGCCUCUCGACGACAUCAUCGAGAUCGCCCGAACGAUGCGAUUCAAGUCUUUCUCGAAGGACCUGAAGGGAACCGUGAAGGAGAUCUUGGGAACUGCGUUCAGUGUGGGAUGCCAAGUCGAUGGAAGAAGUCCGAGGGCCGUCAACGACGACAUCGACAGUGGUGAGAUCGACAGUAAGUCUCGACAUACACCCCUCAGCUCCCCGCUAAGCUGGUUACUAACAAGGAAUCUAUCAGUUCCGGACGAGUAAAUAUGGAUGAAUUGGGUGGGCUAAAAAUGGGCUUCUUUUUUUCCGCUGCAUCUUUCAACAGGAGUUCAGGAAUGGCUUGCGAUAGUCUUCGCCGACGCACUCUGAAUUGAGACGAAUGAAUCAGUAAAAUUAUAUCUCCUUCGGUUUUCGUGACGUGUAUACCCUUUUCCUUUCUAGACGGACCCAUUCACGUCCUUGCCUACACUCUGAGAUACACCUAAUUCACCAUGGUCUAUUUCUAUUUCGUGUCAAGGGAGAUCAAACCAACGCCGACUACUCACCGCGGCCUUCUUGCUAUCGUAGCAAUGUGGAAGCUGAGGUCCAUCUCACUAGGCUAACAUACGGGCAUAUCUCGUGGGGGAUGAGGGAGCUCUAACCUACCUAGGUACCGUGGCGAAGCAAGGAUAGAUGUGUGUAACUUUUUAGUAGGUUAUAG